CCUAGUAUCACUGGUGUAUAACACUUAGCGUGGAAUCUACAUUCCUCCCAUGAUAUCUCGCAAGUUCCACAACUUGUGUAACUGGAUAUUCAUGUAUUAAAACAAACAUUACCUACAUGUGAGCUCUUCGCGAUUUCUAUGCCGAAGGAUGAAAAUCCUUAACCUCUAAAAACGAAACGAAAAUGAUCCUUUGUGCAUUUAUUUUUACUUUGGCGGCUCAAAAUAAUUGGAUUAGGCUUAAAUGUUUAUAGGUUACACACUCAAAGCAUGUCAAGUUCAUUUUCUGCAAUCGUUUGCGCUUCCAUCUACGUCAAGUGAGGAGAAAAGAGAUACGUGUAUACUACCUCCCUACCCCCAAAAUGGAUUUUGGGAGGUAGUAAAGGGCCAAGGGCUGCCAGGUGAUGAAGUUGAAUCUAACACGUUGCUAAAAUUUAAAUGUAGCGAAGGGUACAGGCUUACGUCAAAGAGUGCCUAUAUGGUUUGCGACAACGAUUUUGUUAACAGCAAAGUACCAGAAUGUGGAAAGCUAUGUCCACCUCUAUACUCAUCCUCAACAAUAACUUUGAGGUGCAUUGAUAGAGAUAACCAGGAUAUCAAAUGCAGUGAAGCAACUGAUGGUACUUAUCUAUCAUACGAAUGUGCACCUUUUUACGAAACACCUUUGGGCUAUAGAAGAAACCUGCUCUGUAUUGAGGGUUCAUGGAACUACCAGCCCGUUUGCCAGCCUGUGUGUGGUAAGAAAAUAAACGACGAUGCAGUUCCACUAGUCUAUGGAGGAAGAGUUCCAACAGAAAUACAGUACCCGUGGGUUGCAACAAUUUAUAGGGAGCUAGGGAAUAGCUACCUCAAUAUCUGUGGAGGAACUGUUAUCAGUAGGAGGAUGAUUCUAACAGCUGCACACUGUGUAACAGAUGAAAAUGGAAAUCUUUUGGCUGUCAAUAAGUACAAAGUAGGCGUCGGAAAGCUGUACAACAAAUAUCAAGAUGAAAAAGAUAACAAAGCUCGAUACUUAGACAUCGCGAGCAUUAUAUCUAAUGAUAAAUUCAAAGGUGAAAGUAGAAGAUAUCUUGGAGACAUAGCACUACUUAUGACCAAAGAUGUUAUUGAGUUGAGUGAAGUAGUACAGCCUGUUUGUAUCAACAAUGUCAACAACAUUUUUCUACAUGUGGGAGACAUUGGCGAAAUUGCAGGUUUUGGUAUUGACGAGUCUGGCAAGCCAUCUCAACACAUCAGGGUGCUUAAGAUUCCUUACAAAUAUGAAGCAAAUUGUGCUGCUGAAUUACCAAGAGAUUGGGCUGACAAAUACAACUUGCCAGACAAAAUGUGUGCUGGAUUCACCAAUAUGAGUAAAGGAAUUUGUAAGGGAGAUAGUGGCAGCGGAUUGGUGUUUAAAAAUUUCGAAGACAACAGGUACUACGUUCAUGGAGUAGCAAGCUUAGCACCUGGAUCCAAGGGGCAAUGCAACAUUCAGCAGAACUCUCUCUACACCAAGGUGGCCGUCUACAUUGAUUUUGUAGACAAAGAGUUAUCAAAGGGUAAUCUAGAAGACUGCAAAUUACCGCCUCAUCCUGAACAUGGACAAUGGGUGUUGGUAGAUGGAAGGAAUAAGACUCCUGGUGACCUCGUAGCAUCAAAUACGAUAUUGAGGAUGUCAUGUAAUCGACCAUACAGAUUAUUUGGCCAUCCUGUUAUUCACUGUGAUGCAUCUCCUUCUGAUAUACCUUCAUGUGCAAAAUAUUGUCCACCUCUGGAGAUGCCUCUAGGAACUAAAACUUCAUGCAAAGACAGGAAUGGCCUUAUGAUUCACUGCUUGGAGCUAAGAGACGGUGGCCAACUUAACUUUAGUUGCCCUAAAGAUGCCCUAUCCCUACCGAAGGGUGCAAAAACUAUACGUUAUUGCACAGAUGGUGAAUGGAGCUCAAGUGAUCCUCUGUGUGAGCUAAAGAUAGAGAUAAAGAAGAAUACUACUACUCCCGUCUUGACACCAACGCCAGCUCCAAAAAAAAAUAAAACAACUUCUCGUGUAAAGGUCAUAUGCACGUAUGCUAGUUGGUGGUCGUAUGAAGGUGUCAAUCCUGAAGACAUGGACCCUUUCCUAUGCAAUUACAUGGUUUACGCUUUUGCUGGGAUAUGGCACUAUGGUGACGUCAGAGUCCAAGACGACUAUUUAGAUAUAGACAGAAGUGGUAAAGCAGGUCUAUACCGCCGAUUAACUGAUCUCAAACUCAAAAAUCCUAAACUGAAAGUCAUACUAGGAAUUGGCGGGUCAGCUGCAAGUAACAGCAGUCUGUUUUCUGAUCUCUGCAAAGAUACGAGGAAAACGGAACAGUUCAUUAAGAGCUCAAUGUGGUUACUAAAAGAAUACAAAUUUGAUGGCUUAGAUAUUGACUGGUUGUAUCCUCAUCCUGAACCAUAUGAAGCAAAAAGUUUCGUCGUAUUCCUGAAGACUGUCAGGGAUGCAUUGAAAAAAGAGGGCUAUCUCGUAAGUGCCAGCGUAAGGUCUUAUCCAGACGAUAGAGGAUACGAAGGAAAGGGAAUGGAUGAGAUUCUAGAUUGGGUGACAAUAAAAUCGUACGACUUUUACGGUCCCUGGAGUCCCUACACGGGGCAGAACAACGCCCUGUACUUUUCCUCCAAGGAAUACGUUUGGGAGAGAAAUCACCUCAAUAUUGCUGCCGCCGCCAAAAACUGGAUGGACGCUGGAAUCAGCAAGGAAAAAUUGGUCAUUAGUGUGGCAUUCUUUGGAAGGAGCUUCAACUUAACUGACCCGAGAGACCAUGAUCUCAGAGCACCUAUAAGAGGCGCUGGACCUGGAGUGGAUGGAGGUUUCUUGAGAUGGUCUGAGAUUUGUCUCAACUACGAAAAUUAUACAUCCGUUUGGGAUGAUGAGCAGAAAGUCAACUACAAGUAUAAUGGAAACGACUGGAUUGGAUAUGGAAACAAGGAUUCAAUAUGGAUCAAAGGUCAAUACGUAAAGGAACAAGAUUUUUUUGGAGUCAAUGUAUAUCCCGUAGAUGGAGAUGAUGUACUAGGAAAAUGUGGCAGAAAACAACAACUAUUAAAACACUUGCAUGGAGGACUGGGAAACUACGUGAAUUGGGAGAUUUAAGUGAGAAGCCAUCAUCAAUACUGCUAAGUGCACCGGUCCAAACAUCAAUGUACUCAAGGAAAUAUCGAUGGCAAUACAAACUGAAAGUUCAGAAGAAUCGUUCCUAUAAAAAUAUAUUAAAACAAAACUGAACCUUUGUUUUAUCUCAUUUGACUCACCUAAAAUUAGAUCCCCAUGAUAUCGACUACGUUAAUCAAACUGAUACCCAUAUAAAUAUUCCAGAGCACUCUAGUUACACGGUUAGUCUACUUAACGGUAUUCUCUUCUAUCAUGCUCCUAGUGUGACUGUUGUAUAAUAGAAUUAAUGUAUAUUCAAUCCUGAGGCAAUAGUUAAACGUUUAAAAAUUUGCAUAAUGAUGCAUAAUAGUUUCGUAUUUAAAACUGAUGAUCUUUACGAUUCUAAAAUCACGGGAUGACGAUCUGCAACCUCUAAUUCCAUUUUAUUUUUCUAGUAGAAAUGAUCAUUUAUGCCUUUGUUGUUGUUUUAGGGCAAGUUGAGCUUUUGCAAGGUCUUGCUAGCCCAUUUGUGGCAAACGAGAAUCACAAAAUUACCUGUACGCUACCUCCAUAUCAACGAAAUGGAUUUUGGGAGGUAGUAAAGGGCCAGGGAUUGCCAGGUGAGGAAGUUGGAGCUAACACUCUGAUCAAAUUCACAUGUAGAGAUGGGUACAAAUUGACCUCUAGCAAUGCCUACAUGAUCUGUGACAACAACUUUAGCAACAGCAAAGUGCCAGAAUGUGGAAAGAUUUGUCCACCUUUAUACUCAUCCUCGACAACAACUCUGAAAUGCAUCGAUAGAAAUGGCCAGGACAUCAAAUGCACUGAAGCGACUGAUGGUACUUAUCUAUCAUACGAAUGUGCUCCUUUUUAUGAGACACCUUCACGAUAUAGAAAGAACCUGCUCUGUAUCGAUGGAUCGUGGAACUACCAGCCAGUUUGCCAACCAAUAUGUGGAAGAAAAAUAAACGAUGAUACAGUUCCGCUGAUCUAUGGUGGGAGAGUCCCAACUGAAAUAGAAUACCCAUGGGUUGCGACACUUUACAGAAAGCUCGGAGAUAUCUAUCUCAAUGUCUGUGGAGGCACUAUUAUCAGCAAAAGAAUAAUUUUAACAGCUGCACAUUGUGCAACAGAUGAAGAUGGCAAUGUUUUAGCUGUCAACAAAUACAAAGUAGGCGUUGGCAAGCUGUACAACAAAUAUCAAGAUGAGAAGGAUACCAAAGCUCAAUACCUAAACAUUUCUAACAUCAUAUCAAACGAAAAAUAUAAAGGUGAGAGUAGAAGAUAUCUUGGAGAUAUAGCACUUUUCUUGACCAAAGAGGUUGUUGUUUUGAGUGAAGUAGUACAGCCUGUAUGUAUCAACAAUGUAAACAGCAUAUUUUUACAUGUAGGAGAUAUUGGAGAGAUUGCAGGUUUUGGUAUCGACGAGUCUGGAAAACCAUCGCAGCACAUCAAAGUUCUUAAAAUUCCGUAUAAGUAUGAAGCAAACUGUGCUGUGGAACUACCAAAAGAAUGGGCUGAUAAAUACAACCUGCCGGACAAGAUGUGUGCUGGCUUCAGCAAUAUGAGCAAAAGUAUUUGCAGAGGAGACAGUGGAAGUGGAUUGGUCUUCAAAAAUUUCGAAGAUAACAGGUACUACGUUCAUGGGAUAGCAAGCUUAGCUCCUGGAUCUAAGGGCCAAUGCAACAUUCAGCAGAACUCUCUCUACACCAAGGUAGCUUUCUACUUUAAUUUUAUCGAUAAAGAAUUGUCGAAAAGUAAUCUAGAGGACUGCAUGCUACCUCCUCAUCCCGAACAUGGACAAUGGGUGUUGGUAGAUGGGAGGAACAAGACUCCUGGUGACCUUGUGGCAUCUAACACGCUUUUGAGUAUGCAUUGCAAUAGGCCCUACAGAUUAUUUGGACAUUAUAUGAUUCAUUGUGAUGCAUCACCUUCCGAAAUGCCUAUUUGUGAAAAACAUUGUCCACCUCUGGAGAUAUCUCCCGGAGUUAAGAUAUCCUGUACGGACAAGAAUAACGUUACGAUUAACUGCUCGGAACUAACAGAAGGUAGCCAACUCAGCUAUAGUUGCUCUGAAGAUGAAAUAUCUCUACCGAAAGGUGCUAAAACUAAACGCUAUUGUAAAGAUGGUGAAUGGAGCUCUAGCGACCCUCUGUGUAUGAAGAAGCUAGAAAUCAGUUAGUAUUAUCUCAUGUUUACUUAGGCUAUCUUCAAUCUUCCUUUGGAUGUAAUCUAUUUGGCUCCAAAAAGCUUCUCUCCAUAAAGUGGGUAACAGGGGACCGCUGUUUUCAUUCUCUUCCUGGAAAUACU